AUGGAUCUCACUCCAAAACGGGACUCGAUAAUAGUAUUCACAAAUCGUAACAAUUCCUUCAGCCAGUCCAAUCUUACCUGGAGAAAAAGGAUACUUCAUUUCAGUGACACGCUGCUUUCGCUGUUCGUUAUUAGCCCCCUUGUGGUAACACAUUGGCGCGGUACUUGGAGUUAUAUGGACCUAAAUGCGGAGUACUUUCCUCCUUGGUACUGCUUGCUGCUGGGAUCAAUUCUACACACUACCUUUGCGUUACUGCGUGAACCGCUACAGGCGGAGUUUUCGGGACCAAGUGAUGGAGAAAAGUGUUGGCGAAAAACUGUGCGCAGAUUUGUUUUUGCAAGAAUGUACACAUACGUGUUUAGUCUGAGCUGCAUAAUGCACUGGCGAGGUGGCUGGGAAGUUAUGAGAAUGUAUCUAGAUUUAGAGUUAUGGCCAGCGUUGGCAGUGUCAGGAAUCUGUUUCGUUCCUCUAAUGCUGAUGAAAUCGAUUCGUAAUCUGCUGGCUCCACCGUUUCUCAUAAUGACCGACUACAAGGAGUUUGUGUUCAACUUUCCAACGCGAUUUCGAACCAAGGGUUCCAAGGAGCCAGCAUUGUACGUACUGGACUGUUUGUUUUCGGUGCUGGUCAUCGGAUCCCUAGUGGUGUUCGUAUGGCGAGGGCUUUGGGUGCUGUUGGAUUUGAAGCUCUUUCCGGAUGAUCGCGGAUUGUCUGCCUGGUCCUCGGUGUUGAUAGGUUACGGAGUGACCGGAGUCACUUUCUCUCUGCAACCCCUGAUGCGAUGGGCAUGCGAUCGUUUGGAAGGAAUUUGGCGCGUCGUCGUUGCCGAUUUGUUUCUUUUCUUCAGCUUUAUUGGAACAAUCAACGUAUGGCGCGGAGUUUGGGCAUUACUAGAUCAUUACUUCCUACCAGAUAAUCGGCUUAUGAGCGAUUGGAUCACCCACAGUUUAUCGCUGAUAUUACUGAUUCUACUGAAUUGUUCCAAUUCGGUCUUGGUUCGUGGAGUUUACAUCGACGCUGAAGAACCGGCGGGCCAGUGUGUUGUCUUUCCUGUGUAUUACGUUCGACUGUUUUUCCAGAGGGAACGUAACAAGAAACAAAGAAGACUGCUGGAAGCGCUUGGACGGGUUGAGUAUAACAACGUGACAAGCGUUCUACUGGACAAAAAACCGCUGAAAACCGAACAAAACCACCAAUUCAGUCUAAAUCUGGAAGCCGUGCCAUUAACGAUAAUAGAUAAUUCUAAGAACAGCGGUGAUCGUGAAACGCAUGAAAACAAACCGUGA